UAUAUAUAUAUAUAUAUUUUAUCGAUAUCGAUAUUUUUUAUCAUAAUCAGGGAAAUAUUUGAACUUCUACAAAGUCCACAUCUUAUGCAUAAUAAUAUCGAAGAAGAGCACUUAAUCUACAAUUAUAUUUCGCGUGCUCCUUUUCAUCGUUUCUUCUAUAUAUGUCCAUUCAACGUGCAACGCAAAACGUUUCUAACUAUUUCUAACGUAUCUAACGGACUUUUGUACAUGUGUUAAUAGAUUCCAUUGUGUAUACUCACAAAGUGAAAUGCGAUUUAUUUGCUUUUAUCAGUUUGUAAAUGGCUAUUUGGUUUACGAACAUUCACCUUAGUCAGUUGUUCUCACUCGAAGAGCGAUUGAUUGUAAUGAGAGAGACGUUAAGGUUAUAUAUAAGUGCAUCUAUUUACUUUAAACUAGUUCGUCCUAAUAGAGAAUAUAAAUUGAAUGAGUAGAAUAUAUCAGAGAAGCGAUUUAUCGCAUAACUAUUCUUAAGAAAAACGCGUAUUCUCUCUUUUUCAAAAUAUAUUGGUGAUCUGUAUAUUUUAAAUCCCAUCAGAGGAUAAAUUAUAUAUGUUAAAUAAUGCGGUAUAUAUAGCGACGCUUACUUUAUACAACAGAACACACGAACUCGAUGUAGCAGAAACUAUCACGACGUAAAUAAAUUUAGAUAAUAUUACAACUCGUUUGGUUCACUUUUUCUCUUUUUCAGUCUAAAAAGAAAAAAAAGAGACUUUGUCAUCCCGAAGAUUCAUCGGAAAUCUUUACGACAAUUGUUUAUCUCUGCAGCAGGAACGAAGAAAUAACAGUGAUUACAUCCGGUGCACGCACCUGUUGAAGACUUGCCGAUUUCAAGACAUUCCUACGUGACGGAUCGUCAUCAAAAGACGGAAUAGCGAGUAGUAGAGGGAGCACCACUUUCCCUUGAAGACCUGGGAAGACGGCGCCUCGGAGAAAGAAGGAGAAAGAACGGGAGAGAGUGAGCACGCGAGCAAGCCGAUCAGUCGCGGUCCACUGUCGAGAGUAAAGUGUGUCGAGGUCUUUUCACAGACAGUUCGUCGUGGCCGUGGAUCGUGGAUGUCUAUGCAACCGUGAUUGCACGCUUCCUUCCUUCUAUCCCACGAUCAUUUCUCUUUUUUAUUUCUUUCUUCUUUUACCGCGCCGGUGUCCUGUCCUCUUCCGUCUCCCUGCCAAUUGUCACUCUCAUUCUUUCUCUUUGUUUCUUCCGCCACUCUCAAUGUACCAUGCAUAACUUGCCGGCGCUCUCGCGCUGAUCACACGAAACGACAUUCUUAGUUAAAAUAGUUCGGCGUCGCGUCGUUCAUACCCCGGGUAUCGUAGACGCGUUGCAUAAACACUGGGAUGUCCGCGGGAUAAGUUUUCCUCUUUUUCUAACGGAGAUGUCAUCACCAGCGGUCCUAAGCCUAUGCAUAAUAUGGAGUCUAUUUGUCGGCUCCAUUUCGUACACCGAAGAAGUUGUACAUUAUCACUCUUACCCGUACGGAUACAGCAACUCGUAUGUCUCGCUGACAAGAGGAUGGCCACACUCCUGGGACCGAAUUGGACCGAGCAGAUCAGACAGACCGAUAUAUCGCAGAGACACGCAAGUGCGUCCCUACACACAGUUGAUGAAGGUCGAGCAAGAGCAAAGCGAUCCUUUGAUAACCAUCAGCGAGACUCUGGGCGCUUUAAACACCGUGGGCAACUAUAUCGUCAAUAUGACGAGGGGUGUCGAGAUCUCGAAUUAUCCGCCGAAAGAACUGCCCUCGGCAUUAUACACCAUCUCCAAGAACAUCUUAGGUCGCAACGUGACAGAUAGCAUCGCACCUUUGGUACGCGGCGUCGCAUUACCAUUAAGACAAACAAUCAUGUCUUCCACACAUGAGCCGCCCGCUCAAGAGCAGCAACAGCAGCAGCAAAAUGCGGAGAAACUGUCGAAUAGAGACAAGGAGUCCACUCCAUCUGCGUGCACGACAGCCGAAGGUGGAGCAGGAAAGUGCCAGGAUCUCAGCAAUUGUCCGCAAUUGUUACUCGAUCUCACAAAAUUGAGGCAAUCGUUGUGCUUUAAGAGUCUGUUUGUGCCUGGGGUUUGCUGUCCAUUGGAUAAAGCCGACAAUCCUAUUCCCAUCAACAUUGGUGGAGAUACGUUCUCCGGAACUGACAGCGGUGGACAUUCCCCGCGACCGCCAAUUCGACCCACGAAACCCCUCACACCACGCCCGAUACCAUUGUAUCCGGUAACAUCCUCGACUAUAAAACCUACGACACAUAUCGUUCCAUCGCCAGACUUAGUUGGCAAUAAUACGAAUGGCUUCGAAACAAUCGGGACGGUCGACAACAAUUUUAUUCAAGACGACGAUGAAUGCGGAGUGAGAAAUUCAGGCAAAUAUCGUGUUGUUGGAGGCGAGGAAGCGUUGCCAGGUCGUUGGCCCUGGAUGGCGGCAAUCUUCCUUCACGGUUCCCGACGAACGGAGUUCUGGUGUGGAGGGUCUCUGGUAGGACCGCACCACAUCCUUACUGCUGCUCAUUGCACGCGAGAUCAGCGGCAGCGGCCCUUUGCCGCUCGCCAAUUCACAGUGCGUCUCGGCGACAUCGAUCUAGAAAGAGAUGACGAACCAUCAUCGCCGGAGACUUAUGCGGUAAAGGAGAUUCACGCGCAUCCGAAGUUCUCGCGCGUUGGAUUUUACAAUGAUAUCGCCGUUCUCGAGCUCACUAGGCCCGUAAGAAGGUCACCAUACGUAAUACCCAUUUGCUUGCCGCAGGCGCGAUUUCGCGGAGAACCGUUCGCCGGCGCCAGACCGACGGUGGUUGGUUGGGGCACCACUUAUUAUGGUGGGAAGGAAAGCACCGUUCAACGACAGGCGGUCCUGCCAGUGUGGAGGAACGAGGACUGCAAUGCGGCUUACUUUCAACCGAUCACCAGUAAUUUUUUAUGCGCCGGUUAUAGUCAAGGUGGCAAGGACGCGUGUCAAGGUGACUCGGGUGGACCGCUGAUGCUGCGAGUCGAGGGGCGAUGGACACAAAUCGGCAUAGUUUCUUUCGGCAAUAAGUGCGGCGAGCCCGGCUAUCCUGGCGUAUACACACGUGUCUCCGAGUACACCGAUUGGGUUAAAAAUAAUAUGAAGUGAAAAUAUACACGCGCAAAGUCAUGUAGGGAAAAAGUUUUUAUAAAUAUAUUUCCCUACAAACCUGUAAAAAAAAUUAAAAUACGUUAGAAUGUAUUCGUUUCUACGAGAUAUCAAUGUUUUUUAAAUUUUCUGAAAUCAGAAAUUGAUUUAAGACAUUUGGAUUCUCUCUAAUUGAUCUAUUAUUUGGAAAUUUACCGCAAAAUAUACUUGAAGAAAUUUAUCAAUUCAGUAUUCUAUUUUAAUUAAUAUGUAGCAAGAUGCUUUGACACAUAGAUUUGUAAUAUACAUAAAUGUGCCUUUGUGUUAUUUUUUUUAUAAUUUCAAAAAUUCUACGAUGGUAACGUUAAAUAACGUAAAAGCACAACUUCCGUUCAACAAUCAUAAAACAUCUACGAGUUUAGGAAAUAUCAAACUGUAACAAUAUAAUAUUAUACAUUUAUUAUGCCGUCGUUUUUACAAUCACUCUUUUAUUACAUUUAUAAAUGUACAGCUCUCCCUCUGUAUUCCCUAAAUGUAUAUGUACAUAAAUACAGGAAUAUCUAUUGCAUCGAUAUCUUUGUGGAAAUAUACAAAUGUGCUAUAUGAAUAUAUACAUGAAUAUAUUCGUUGAAUAACUUAAUUAAAUUAUUAUCUUUAUAUUAUUUAUAUAUAUUAUGUAUGAUUAAAAUUCUAUACACAAAAGGAAA